ACCUGUGUCUUUCCUGCACAUAAAACACAUUCGAAGUUUUCUCGUGAUCUUUAGAAUCAAAAAAAAAGAGAAUAAAUAUGAAAAUCUUUGUUCUCUCAGUGAUUUUGGCUAAUUUAGUAAUUUCUAUGGCCACGUACAAAGUUGAUCAGCUCCCAGCACCACUUACAAAUCUAGGCGAGGGACCCCAUUGGGAUUGGAAAACACAAAAUUUGUACUACGUUGAUAUCUACGGAGGAACUAUCAAUCGCUAUUCUUAUGCUGAAAAUAAGACCUAUUCCGCAACUGUUGAGAAAGAACCCGUGAUCUCAUUCAUUGUGCCGGUGGAGGGAAAUGAUUCUGAAUUUGCCAUCGGAAUUGGACGUCGUGUGGGUGUUGUGACGUGGGAUGGAAAGUCAGCAACGGCCAAAGUGACCCGUUUGGUUGGUCAAGUGGAACAAGAUGACCACAAAUACAAAACCAAUCGCUUCAACGAUGGUAAAGCCGAUCCCAAAGGACGUCUCUUUGCUGGAACAAUGAGAUUGGAAGAAUGUGGUGACAUCUUCGAUGCGCGCCUUGGUGCUCUGUACAAAUUCACCAAGGAUGGAGUUUUUCACAAACUAAAAAGUAACAUUGGCAUCUCCAAUGGAUUGGCCUGGAAUGAGAAAACCAAUAAAUUCUACUAUAUCGAUUCAUGUGCACUGGAUGUUAAAGAGCAUUCCUAUAAUCCCGUCACGGGUGAAAUUUCCAAUCCUCAAGUCUUGUUGGACUUUAGUGUGAAUGGUGAGCGACCUGGUUUCGUUCCCGAUGGCAUGACAAUCGAUUCUGAGGGUAAUCUCUAUGUGGCUCUGUGGGGUGGCAACAAAGUCCUCAAGGUGAAUCCCCAAACAGCAAAGGUUGACCUGGAAAUAGCCAUGCCAUGUUCUCAAGUUACAUCUGCGGCUUUUGGUGGUCCAAAUCUCGAUAUCCUGUACGUAACCACAGCCGGAACUGAGCGAGACUCCCCACAGCCACCACCAGCUGGAGGGGUUUUUGCCGUCACUGGUCUUGGUGUUAAGGGAACCAAAAUGGCACGUGCUAAUGUUUAAAUUCAAAUAAUUCAAUUUAGGCAAAUGCCGUAAGAUAUUCAUAAAAUUCCUUUCAAUUUUUUUUUCUUUAAAAAAAAAUCAACCAAAAAAGUCACGGUCAAGCGUUUGGUCACUCCACAAAUAUCUCAUCGGUUUUUUUGUUUUGUUUUUAGCUAUUUCAAACAAUGAAAUUUAAUUUUAAAAGAAAAAAUAUCUUCAGAGAAUGUCAAUUUAUAAGGACUCUCUGCAAACCAUAAAUCGAUAUCUAUAACCGUUUAGCCUAAUAUGACAAAUUUAUGCAAAUGAAAAGCAAAUUUAUAACAAAACACCAAGAAAAAACCUAAAAAGUUAAAACAACUCUAUGGCAGAGUUGAAUUAACUCUACAAAUAUCGAUGUAAUUGUUACUCUUUUUCGAUGUAAAAUUUCAUCUCGACUGAAGUAUAUGCUUAAGUGUUUGCGUUUUAAGAAUAUACUUCAGUCAAGAUUUUCGUGUGCCAAAGUUAAUAAGGAACAUCAACUAGAAAUAUGCCUAACAGUGUUUCAUGAAGAUAUGUGCGCGCAUCAUACGUGAUAUUUCGCUCGGAAUAUAGGGAACUUGAGAUCAAGAAAAUAUUAAUAAAGAAAAUGAUAAAGUAAAAAAAAUAUAUUAAAAUUUAAAAUCUAUCAAUUUUGGGAUUUGAAAGAGCUAUUUUAACUCAAAAAAAUUUUUUUAACUCUUGAAACGCGUUAUGAUAACUCUUAACCCUUUAAGGACGAUUGGAACACCGAUGUCCCAUAAAGAAAAUAAUUUUUCCUGACUACCUAAAGCAUUUUUUUCUUAUGUCUGUACAUAAUUGUAAAGUAGAAGGUUGAAGGAAUCUAGAAUAUUUUUUGCAAGUCUCUAGUUAUUUGCUAUGUAGAAAAUAUUUAAGCUCAAAAAUGGCGAAUUUUUAAGUUCUCAAAUUCGUAAUUGAUUUUAUUUAUUUUUUAUACCUCCAAUUUUUUUUUAAGCAAAACCCUUUUGGCAAUAAAAACUACAAUACUCAUACGUAAUAUUUUUCAUUAGAACGAAAAUUAUCAUUCAUUGGUAUUGUCAGAAAAAUUACUUAAAUUUUUGGGCUAUUUUUGUCCCUAUCGUUCAUAGAGGCACAAAAUACACCGAAUCAGACUCUGUUGGACUUUCCAAGGUUAGACUGUAAGACUUAUCAUUGAUUAUGUUUCUCAGUUUAAUUUUUAUUGUUGAUUUACAGUCCGUAAAAAGUGUCUCGUCGUUAAAGGGUUAUAACGAGUUAUUUUCAGUCUUAAAAGGAGUUAUUUACACUCUUUUGUCAUGUAAAUUUUAGGAAAAAACAGUUAAAACAACUCCUCUGAAUAUUACACCUAAAUGGAAGUAAAAUCAACUCUAAAAUAUAGUUAAUCGAAAAUCACAACGAAAAAGAGUCAAUUUAACAUUGAUUCGAGUAAGUUUUACUCGAUUAUUUUUUUGAGUGAAUAAAUUUUAAUUGCUGUUUUUUUUUUAAUUUUAAUAUCAAUUGAAAUCCAAAAGAAUCCGAAAUUGCAAAACUUUUGAAAGAAGUUUAAUCUGAAUCAAACAAGUUGAGAAAUAAAUCUUAUUAGGGGUUUAAUUGUUUAACUUUGAAAGAGUAUAAAGGAACAUGCCAAAGUCGCACAUAGCUGUGGUAUUUCUCGUGAAAAUACUAAAAAGGAAACUGUUUACUUACAGAGGGGUUACCUAAAACUUGUAUUCGAUAUCUCUAAUCGCUUGGCAUAUACACAAUAGUCCAUAUUUUAUCAUUUUUCCUGUACAAUUGUAAACAAUUUGCUUCAAUAUGAACAUACAUAUCUCCAGUGAGUGUGUAGAGGACAUUAGUCAGUUCAUAUACAAAUGAAAAAAAUAAUCAUAUGCAAUAAGUUGAUUGGAAAUUUUAUGAAUGUGGCAUUUGGUCCUGAAAGUGCUUUCUAGAAUUAAGUAUUGUCAAUUUAUAAAAGUAUCAGUUGAAUAUCAAAGUAUAUAUAUAUAUACCUCCUAUUGAUCUUCAUUUUGUUAGAAUAAAAAAGAAAUGUUAGUAAACACUAUUUUGUGUUAAAAUAAACUUAUUCUAGAAUUGCGUUUAA